AACACAUCAUGAUUAUUAGAUGUUCUGACCCUUUCUGCUUUGUCGCAAAUGAUGCGCCACUUACUAUCUACAUGAUAUAUGCGCCUAGUUAGUUUUCGCUACUUUAACUCGAUUCUCUUUUCCCAUCCGCUCUGUGUACCCUGUAUCCAACUCUAUCCUUUGGGGGUCUGAUGAUACCUAGCGUUAACUUAACUCUCAUCAUCUCUAGUGGCUCAGGAUACCAGAGACUUGAGCCUUCAAAUGCCAAUUUUCCGAGUUAUUACCUGCCCUAACUCACCGUUGGAAAGCAUCUGAAACCCAAGAUUGAGCGGAUUGAACAGUUGAGACAUUGGCACAAUAUUGCCCCGGGUUCGUUCACGCUCAUUCCCGCGAAAGCUGGGAUAGACAUUUGGCUGCCAAAGCGCCUUCGCCGAAUCCGUCAUCAAAACUAGGGCAGGCUGGAUUUGAUAAUCCAAGCGUCUAAAGUGUCAUGGACUCUGAGCGCCAUACCACACCCUCCGGGGACUCUCUCGAUAAGCACGCAUCUAUGCAAGAAACCUUGAGCGACGUGACACAUCAUGACGGGGAUAAUGAAGACCAGCGGCGGAUUCGGGAUCUACGAAGUUGCAAUUGCGUGAAAGAAAAUGAUGAUGCUCAGGAAGAAGCCAUUCAUCAACCUGUGGACAUAACAGGUGCUCCGGGCUCGACUGUACACGCUAGUAUUGUUCGACCAAAGCCAUUGUCACUCUCCCCUGAUAUUAUGUCGCAACGAGGACGACCGGCUCAAAGAACCCCAUCGUCGCCGGAAUAUUCAGCUCAACGAUCCCCCCUGCAAGCCCAUUCGCCCGCAUCCCUGAUAUUCGAGCGUAAUGUGCAAGAAGAUAUUCUGCUACCUCAGACGUCGCCCUCAAUUCCUGCGCAUAUCCGGACAGAGAAUUAUAUACCACCGGUUCUGGAAGCCUCAUCUGCCGCGAUCACUGACGAUGCGCUUGACCCAGAUUCGGUGGAAAUUGUCACUCAUAAUAUGCAUCAACCCGCCGUGGGUUGCGCAGCUUCUACAGAGCAGCCACCGCAGUCACCUUGUUCUGACGGUCUUAAUACCCGAAAUACCGAAGAACUUCCGCCAACAAUCCAGAAUCCGGAUCCAAAUGACAUCCGACGGUUGAGUUUCAUCUCGUUUGCUGAUGUUGUAAAUGCUGAAAAUGCCGAGACAAAUGACCAUCUGCCAAGCAAUGACAAUCACCAGAAGCGCACGACUAGUCCCAACCCAACAAGCGCAGGGUAUCGCAAUAUGUCGCCAUCGCCGCUGCAUUCUCCGGUAUCCUCCCACGGUUUCGGCACAUCCCCGCCAACCAGCAUAUCGACAUCAUUCAAGGGCUUGGAACUUUCCCCAAACCGUGGGGCUCGUGGCGCUGAUAGCCCAUUGCUCGCUAUUCAGAGACCAGUCUCCCCGAGCGUCAAUGGUGAGCUUAACAUAGAGACGAUGAGACAAGCUUUAAGGCGAACGGGCAGUAGGGAUUUGGGCGCAACUCGGAACCAAGUUUCAAACACACUGGCCAACGAAGAUUGAACCAUUCAGUUAUUUCAUUACUACGUCCUUGGGCUCUAAUGCCACCUAGGCAGCCUCUCAUGAAGCACUUCUUUGUUCAUAUGAUUGCCUUGUAUCUGUACCAUCGUAUCUACAUACUCCCUACGUUUCGUCUUUUCGCGCCCUCUUUCUGGUUUCUUUUUGUGUACAGGACUACUCAGCCUCGUUCGACUAUGCAUUCGAACAUCUAAGCAGCUUUUGUAUCCCAUUCGUUUGGCACUAGCUGGUAGCGGACGAGUAUAUGUUUGAAGCCAGUAAAUGAUACUUUAUUAUUGAUGUAGUUCCGGGAACGGACUUUGAACUGUUGAAAAGUUCUAUACAUUCGUUUAUUCAGUAUCAUCUUCUAUGCUUUAUGGACUUUUGCAACUGCGUCUAGUGCUUGUUCCACCAGACCGCGAAGAACUGGAAUAUCCUCCAAGCCAACACUUAUCCGUACCAAGUCGAACUCGACUCCAAACGAGUUUGCCUGGACGAAAGUUAGCGGGCUAGGGGAAUAUACAAACGUUGAGGAUUUUGGAAUAGAGCUU